UUGGGCCCAUCGCUCACAGUGCUAACGGCAGACAGCUGGCCCCAGCUUGGUAACAACUUGAGCCGUCGCGAAGAACAGUCGAGAAUAACCUUAGGCGAGAAAUCAUGCCUCGUGUGUAUAUUGGACGACUGAGCUAUCAUGUCCGCGAAAAAGACAUCCAACGAUUUUUCAGCGGAUAUGGAAAGCUCAUGGAAAUCGAUUUGAAAAAUGGGUAUGGAUUCGUGGAGUUCGAGGAUAACCGAGACGCCGACGAUGCCGUGUACGAGCUCAACGGAAAGGAGCUGUGUGGGGAGCGGGUGAUCGUCGAACAUGCCCGGGGCCCGCGGCGAGACCGAGAUGGCCAUAGUGGGGGUUACGGGGGUGGUGGGCGCAGUAGCGGUUACAGCAGCCGGAGCCGUUCUGGCAGGGAUAAGUAUGGACCUCCAGUCCGUACUGAGUACCGUCUAAUCGUGGAGAACUUGUCCAGCCGCUGCAGUUGGCAGGACCUCAAGGACUUCAUGCGUCAGGCAGGAGAGGUGACCUAUGCAGAUGCCCACAAGGAACGCACAAAUGAGGGUGUGAUUGAGUUUCGAUCCCACUCGGACAUGAAGAGGGCCAUCGACAAGCUGGACGGUACAGACAUCAACGGACGGAAGAUUCGUCUGGUGGAGGACAAGCCUCGCAAACGAAGGUCUUACUCUGGCAGCCGCUCGAGAUCUCGUAGUCACCGCCGCUCCCGCAGUAGGAGCCGCAGGAGCUCCAGGAGUCGCUCCAGAUCCCACUCCAGGUCUCGUUCCCAUAGCAACAAAAGACGUCGCCACUCCCGCUCCAGAUCUGGAAGGAAGUCUCGCUCCAAGUCGGGAGAAAGCAAAUCACGAUCUCGCAACCGCAGGUCCCGUUCGCAUUCCCGCAAAUCUAAAUCUCGUUCACGCUCUCACAAAUCCCAGUCCCGUUCAGCUGACCGGAAAUCGAAAUCCCGCUCAAAGAGUCAUUCAAAGGUAAAGUCGGAGCGGGAUUCUCGCAGUAGAUCCAAGGAUAUGUCUGGUCACAAGAAGUCCCGCAGUCGUUCAGCCUCCCCCAUGGAGAACGGGGUAGGAGAGCGCGCCAAAUCUCCUUGCCGCUCCCCAUCCCCACACGAAGAAGACCGGCGAUCUAAGUCCAGGGAGAAACGUUCAGCCUCCCGCUCGAAGUCCCGCUCAAGGUCUCGCUCACGGUCUAGGUCAGCUUCUCAGAAUUAGAGAAAUCCGAAAAAAGGAGGCAUUGUUGAGCUUGAUCCCUAUGCUGUACAUAAUGAGCAGUGUUGUCAUACUGGCUUAUGCUUCCUUGCUUGUUUACUUUUUCUCCAAGUGUGCACUUGUCUUAAAGGUGUUGAAGAUGCAGUUUUAUCAGAGGAUGCACCACGGUGAGGGCUACCUAUUGGAAUAAUUUGUCAAUGAAUCGUCCACUGCAAAAAAAAUCAGAUCUCCUUUUUUUUUUUUUUUUUUUUUUU